UCUGACUGUCCAUCCAGACUUUGCUUUGCUUAAGAUGGCGGCAGCAAAUGGAAAACAUUGGGUUAUGCUUGUAGCUGGUUCAAUGACAUGGAAAAAUUACAGGCACCAGGCUGAUGUGUGUCACGCAUAUCAGAUAGUACAUCACAAUGGGAUUCCUGAUGAUCAGAUUGUUUUGAUGAUGUAUGAUGACAUCGCUUAUAAUGAGAAAAACCCUUAUCCUGGAAUAAUUAUCAAUAAACCAAAAGGAUUGAAUGUGUAUCCAGGCGUUCCAAAAGAUUACACUGGAAAAGAUGUAACACCUGGAAACUUCCUGGCUGCUCUCAAAGGAGACAGAAAAUCUGUGAAAAAAAAAAAAAUCAUUACAAGUGGAGGAAAUGACACAAUAUUCAUCUACCUGGCAGAUCAUGGUGGUUCAGGCACAUUUACUUUUCCAAACAGCACUCUUCAUGCCCACGAUCUCAUUGAAACGAUCAAGAAAAUGGCAAGAAAUAACCAGUUCUCAAAGAUGGUGAUAUAUAUGGAAUCCUGUCAUUCCGGAUCAAUGUUCACCAAACUUCCCAACAAUGUUCAUGUGUAUGCUGUGACUGCAGCGAGAGCAGAUGAGAGCAGUUAUGCCUGUUAUUUUGACAAUGAGAGGAAAACAUUUCUCUCUGAUGAAUUCUCAGCUCUUUGGAUGUACUACAUGGAAACGAAUGACCUUAAUAAGAAAACAUUCCGGGAUCAGUUUAGUUAUCUUCAGAAAAAGAUGGAGAAGUCUCACUCCUGUCGUUUUGGGGACAUGACAAUGGGUGGACACUGGAUUAGUGAGCUUGUGAAUAACACCCCUCAAAGUCUUCGGGCCAAGAACAGGGAUGAGGGGUUUGAGUUAACUCAUUUGACCUCUAACCAUGAAGUGCCAUUCAAAAUCUUGGAGCACCGAAUUAAAACAGAAACUGAUGCAGGCAGUAGACAACGUCUGAGAAGAAAACUUGAAGCUCUUCAUCAGGCUAAAGCUAAGAUUGAAAGAAAAGUUGAAGCUAUCAGUCAGCACUUUGAUUUUAAACAUGAUGAUUUGGAAGAAGAUCCUUCUAAGGUGGAUUUACAUGCACUCAAAAAAGUAGCUGAGCAUUUCAGGGCUACCUGUUUUGAUUGGGACGACGACGAGAGUUUCACACUUUUCCAUAUCGCCUCGUCACAAAUGCAUGUAUUUGCUCGUCUUUGUGCACAUGAAGUUGAAGCAGAGAGGAUCAUAGAGGUCAUAACAGCAGUCUCCAGGAAAAGCUGAAUGAAACUACAGGAAGGAUAUUAACAACAUGCUUAAGAGCUUAUGAAAUUCAGAUCAAUCUCAUCCUUGCCUGUGAAACUAUUGAAAUUUUCUCAUAGAUAAUAACUUUGGUUAAAAGUAGAAAGUGCAAUCUGACAUUUGUGUCAAAAUUUAGUUAUUCACAUAUUCUUAUUCAGUGACGUAUUUUUCUUCAUGCUUUACAUUUUGGGACUUGUUUUAGAAAACAAAAAGCUUCAAACCACAAAGUCGAAUGAAAUGCAAAAACUAUACGAUACAAGUGUCACGAUCAUUAGAUGGAGUGCCCAUGAACUUCAGUAGAGGGCACUCCACUCAGGACCAUUCCACCCAUCAACCACCAGAUGUCACCAUAUCAUCACUUGGACACUAGCACCUUUCAUACUGUUGAACCACACACGAACUACAUUCCCCACGAGUUACUGCAUCACAAUCACCUUGCCACACCUACACCUCAUUUACAGACACAUAAAAGCAGCAUACUGACUCUCACUCAAUGCGAAGUCGUGUUUAGCCUGUCUGACAUUUCUGAGUGUUUUGCCUAGUGUUUGUCCUUCCCAUGUAUUAUCUUGGAUUGUUUAAACUGACUCUGAUUCUCUGCUGCCUGCCCUGAUCUCUACUUGUUACCGUUUAUGAUUCUGGAUAUCCCUAACAUACCUGAUACUGUUCCUGAUGUCUGGCUGUAUGACCAUUCUCUUAAUAAAA